AUGUUACAAUCAUCGAUUAAAGAAAAUCCUGUUAAUAAUUUUAAAUCACCGACAAAUAAUAGGAAUUUACUGUUAUUAAGAACUGAUGAAGUAUCAUUAAUGAGAAUUGAAAAUAAGAGGGGUGAAAAUGACUGCCUCGAGGAAUGCCAGAGGGAAAG